AUGUUCUCCUACCACCGCGUUUUGAAGUUAUUCGGACGGUCUAUUCAUGACAAGACUUUACAAUGUGACUGCGACAUCCAUCCGUGGGAGAUCACCAUCAACAAAGAGCGAUGGACGAACAAGAUCCGACUGAUUGGGUUCAUUGACGUGUUCUUUGUGAUUUCCUACUCGGCCAACGACCGCUUCGAGCAGGGAAUCAUUGUCUACAAGGACGACGACGACGAAGAUAAAACACACGACCCUAAACAAGCUGCAUGGAAAGAGAAUCGCUCUUAUAAAACGACCAGCCUGGGCCACAAAAUCGAACUUCGAACCGAGUAUCCCGGAGGAUGGAUUAAGCCAUACGAAAUCUGCAUUCACAAGCCUAUGAACUGGGCGAUGGCUAGUGAGUUAGAGCAAGUCCGGCGCGGAAUCAAGCCACACGGGAUUUGGCGACUUGCUCGGGACGUGAUCGAUUGCGGAAUCAUCACCGAAGCACAGUUUCUGGGCCACAUUCUCGGUGCAGUCCUGGCGGGCAGUACUGCAGAUGAUGUCCUGCGUAAAGUGCUCGGCGAAGUCGGUUCAUACAAUCACGCCAAUCGACUGAUAUUAUCGAAUGAUAACGUCUGA